AUGGGGCGAAAACCAUGCUGUGAUAAAGAAGGGCUGAACAGGGGAGCAUGGUCUGCUUGGGAAGAUAAAGCCCUUGCUAACUACAUUAACACUCACGGAGAAGGAAAAUGGAGAGACCUUCCUCAAAGAGCGGGGUUAAACCGCUGUGGGAAGAGUUGCAGAUUGCGUUGGCUGAAUUAUCUUAGGCCUGAUAUUAAGAGAGGCAACAUUUCCCCCGAAGAAGAGGAGCUCAUUGUUAGACUUCAUAAGCUUCUUGGAAACAGGUGGUCACUCAUUGCUGGAAGGUUGCCGGGACGAACAGACAAUGAAAUCAAGAACUACUGGAACACCAAUUUGAGCAAGAGGUCAGAGCAAGGAAGUGACAAGGCUCAUCAGGAUCAACUGAGUGCUAGUACUAGUUCGAAAGACGACACGAAAAAAUCGAAUAAUCCGGCAUCAAAGUCUUCUGUCCAAGUGGUCCGUACGAAAGCAUUUAAGUGCAGGAAGGUUGCCAUCCCCUCACAUUUGGAUGGCCAUGAUCAAAUGCUCGAAAGAUCGAACGUGGCUCCUGGUUCCGACAGCGAAAGCCCGUGUUCUUCAGCGGCUCAGGAGCAUGAUUCUUCGUUUGGUUUUCUGAGGGAUUUUGAUAUCAAUGACAUGCUCAUACCGGAUGCGCUGAGUUCUGAUUUCCAACAAGCACAAACCAACGACUGUGAUCAGGACAUGUUGGAGUGUGGAAUUACCAAGAUUGAAGAUUUAUUGAUGGGUGAAGCAAGGUUGGGAGAAUGGAGAGCUGGUGAUGAUGAUCAAGGUGACCCACUUCAACCAAAUGAUGAUGAUCAUGGAGAUGUGAACGGCUUCAAUGCACUUUCAUCUUUUCUGAAUUCAGUAGAUGAUGAUCAGUGGAUCAUUAGUUAA